AUGCCGAACCGUGUGCCCGCAUUGGAGGAUACGUGGGCCUUCCAGCCGAUUGGAGCUCCAUUCCCUGACAAUCCAGUCAAGUGUCUCCGCCAGCAGAACAUGUACGUCGCGUUGUGGUACAAGAACGGAAAAGUAAGUUGGGGAGAGAGGGGAUUUGUGGGAUAGGGGAGGGGGUAGUAAAUUUGGGUUACUGUUGGGUUACGAUAGGCAAAUUUGGUUUUACUGGUGCAGUCAUGAUGCUUUUGAUUGCCGCACUGUGCAACCGCGACGGUUUUAAUUUUCGCACUGUGCAAAAACGAUGGUUUUUGACCCCCGCACAGUGCAAUCGCGAUGUUUUUAAUCUUUGCACUGUGCGGUUGAGGCAUUUUUGAUUUUGCACUGUGCAACCGCGGUUUGUUUGCGUUUGGUUUUCGCACUGUACAACCACGAUGAUUUUGAUUUUUGCACUGUGCAACAGAGAUGUUUAUUUUUCGCACUGUGCGGUGGAGGCAUUCUUGAUUUUUGCACUGUGCAGCCGCGAUGUUUUUAUUUUUUGCACUGUGCAACCGCGGUGUUUAUUUUUUGCACUGUGCAGUCGCGAUGUUUUUAUUUUUCGCACUGUGCGAACGCGACGGUUUUAAUUUUCGCACUGUGCAGCCGCGAUGUUUUUAUUUUUCGCACUGUGCAAACGCGACGGUUUUAAUUUUCGCACUGUGCAACCGCGAUGAUUUUGAUUUUCGCUCUGUGCUUACGCGACGGGUUUAAUUUUCGCACUGUGCAGCCGCGAUGUUUUGAAUUUUCGCACUGCAAACGCGACGGUUUUAAUUUUCGCACUGUGCGGUUGAGGCAUUCUUGAAUUUUCGCACUGUGCAAACGCGAUGGUUUUAAUUUCCGCACUGUGCAACCGCGAUGUUUUUAAUUUUCGCGCUGUGCGAACGCGAUGUGUUUUCGUUUGAUUUUCGCGCUGUGCAAACGCAAAAGCGAUGUUUUUAUUUUUCGCACAGUGCAAAUUAACUUUCCAUUUUCAGCCAAUUCACGGCCGUGCCUGGAACAACGGUGGAGUUGUGGAGUGCUCGUUCCCCUAUCUGAAGGUGGAGCUGACCGGAGCCAAGGAUUUGGCCGGCCAAAUCCAGGUCCUCCAAUACAAGGGAGACCACAAUUCGCUGGGAUUCUGGUACAACUGGAUCAAGUACUCGGAGCGUCUGGACAAGGACGUGAAGGAGCGUGAGAUUGUGCGCUGCGGUGAUUCCAUUCCGCUGCUCUGGCUGGACCGAAAGGAAGGCGCGUUGUUGGGAUAUGUGGACAAUAAGACGGAAAUUGCCCGCUUCUCCCAUGACGGCAAGGCGGAGGAUCUGCAAGGACUGGCGCUGAGUCCGAUGUACAUUAUUGUCCGCGAAUUGAAAGGUUAGUGGAUGGAAGUUGGUGGAGAGAUUUUGAAGUUUUUUUUCUUUGAAGUUUUAUUGUCAUCGUAAUCAAGUAUAAUAUACAUGUAUCAUUGUUGUCCAUUUUUUAGGUGGCCCGCCAGCUUGUGAAUGCACAGAAUGCAACAAGAGCGCCAAGCCGGUGGUUCGUGUCAUGCUCAACGAAUGGGCCGACUUCCGUGCCGGCGAUCCGUUCCCCCCAACCAAGUGUGUGAAGGCCCUCUCCCGAGCCCUGAACACGCUGUCCGGCGAGAAUCCCGAGCAGUAUGUGGCGUUGUGGUAUCAGGCCGGCGAGCCGGUCAUGGGACGCAUCUGGAACGAGGGAGGAAAGAUUGCGGCCAACUUUGGAUGGGGAGGACACGAGUACAAGAAGAAUAUUGGAUCCAUCCAGGUUGGUGGGGGUGAAUAGUGUCUUAGCGAUUGUGUUGUAUUGGCUUGUGAGACCUUGGGGUAUUGAUUGGAACCUUCUUGCAUAUUGGGAAGUAUGCAAAAAGGUUCCAGGGGCCAAUGGGGGAGAAACUUCCUUUCUCUGGCCCCAGCGAAAACAUGGUUUUACAGCUUGCGCCCGAACAAUUCCGGUUGCAAGAAAUAUCAAAGCUUAGAAGCUUAGGCCAAUGUGUUAUCUGAAAGUUGGCUGAAAAUCAUAGGGCGCAGCUCGCGAAAACAAGCUGAAAACAACCUGAAACUUAGCUCCAACGAGCUGCGAAAGCUUGUUUUCCGAGCGGCGCCCUACCAUUUUCAGCUAAGAUAGCGCAAUGGCCCUAGGAAUUGAUAAGACUUUAAAGUCAUCAUUUUUUCGAAUCUUCCCAUUUUCACCUACUGUAUCAAAUUUGAGGUUAAAAUCCUCUUAGAAAUUUCGUAAAGGCAUUAGGGACUAUUGGCGCCACUUUUUAGGCAGCUAAAAUCUUUUUGAUACACUAAUUUUUCGAAUUUUUCAAUCUUGACCUAUCCCCCUACUACAAUAUCAAAUUUCAGGUCCUGUUCGAGCUGCCCGAGCACGUUCGUGGUUUCGACUACGCCUGGAAGCCCUAUCCGGAAGCGGCCGCCCAAGGCGAACUGGAAUGGGUCCCCGUGAACGUGGACAACGGCAAGGUCAAGGUCUCCCCGGCCGUCAUCAUUCUGGACGGAAAGGAGGUCCUCGGAAAGGUGGACAUUCGCAACGAACGCGCUUCCGCCGGUUACGGAGGAACCGAGAAGGUCCUGGUCGGUCCUGCUGUCCACACUUCGACCGUCUUGUGCCGCAAGGCCAAGCCCGGCUGUAAAUUCGAUUAG